UUAUCAAUCUCAUCAAACAGGGUUUGGUCUAUCGAGCUUCAAUAGUGAGAAUGCCUGGUUUAAUAUGAGACCGCCCGUUUGAUGGUUGUGGAGUGGCUCGGUUCUGACGACAAUGGCUGCAAUGUUGGGGCGCGCUGCUUAUCUCCAGCUUGGAAUCAAAUUUGAGAACGUGUCUCCGCCGUUUACAAAAUGGAGGGCUGUGCACACGAGUUGUCCGCAUGCGGCAAAUGUAGCGGCUGCACCGUUUUUUGACGACGUAUCGGUGCCGGGUGAUACUGACUGUGAACAAAUUUGGGUACCACCGACUAUUGAGCGGCUUUACGAAGAUCAGUAUAUCAUCGGUGUCUCGAAACCCGGCACUCUACUUGUACACAACAAUAAGGCUUCUUCUCCUUUGGAGAAGCAGCGAAAUGCUUUCUUGAAGAACAUGGUGGAAGCUCAACUUACUGCUGGCCAGAAAGUCAGUCCUGUUCAUCGGCUGGACCGACCAGCAAGUGGUGCCAUAAUAUUUUCUAAGUCUGCCGUUGCGACUCGUGCUGCCCAGGCUUCUUUGUCUCAUCCCGCUUGCAUCAAAGAAUAUGUUGUGCUAGCAAGAGGAACUACACCGGACUUCUUUAUUUGUGAUGAACCAGUGAAUGAUGAGAAGGGCGCCCCCAAGUCAGCAGUUUCACAGUGCGAAAAAAUUCUUGAUCUUCCCGAGUCACGCUGUUCUCUAUUAAAGGUCGUGAUAAAGACAGGUCGAUGGCAUCAAAUUCGCAAGCAUCUCAACCAUCGUGCUCAUCAUGUCGUGGGGGAUGUGAAGCACGGGAAGGGAAAAACAAAUCGAUUUUUCCGGGAGAAUCACAAGAUGCUUUCCGGUCGGAUAUUUCUUCACGCUGCUCGCCUCACCUUUCCUCACCCGCUUCAUCUGUCCCAGGAAAAGUGGACUCCAGCCUCCAAGCACCCUAGCGAAAGUAGUGACGAUAUAGACCUGUACAGCUCGGCCUCUGAUUUGGAGGAUUUUGAGUCCACAAGUAGUGUGUCAGCCGAUUCCUCAAUAUGGAUGAGCCCUAACACAUCUUUUAGUGAAGAUCCUAAAACUAGACGACAGUUACUCACAAUUAGAGCUGGGCUACCUGAAGAUUUGCAGGAAGUUCUGUAUUCUUUACCCGAGGGCAUUGAUCCACAGCAGUUGUUGUCUCUUGGGCUUAUAUUUUAAUAAUCACUUCUGUCCAGACAGCAUCAGUUCUUAUGA